AUGGUGGCGGUGAUCGCGGUGUUAGUCGCCGGAGCCGCGGUCGCCUCCAGACACUCCCGGAAAAUUUCUCUCUUCGGCGACAAUCGUAAGUCCUCCAACUGUUCUGAGGAUUCAUGGAAAUUUAACGGAGUGGAUGAUGAUUGCCAUUGUGAUUAUGAAACGGUAGACAGCCUUAAUGAACAAGUGUUGUAUCCGUUGCUUCAAGAGCUCGUCACCACUCCAUUUUUCAAAUAUUUCAAGGUCUGCCACGUUGUUUUUGGAAAACAAAAAUGGAAAAAGAAGACUUUGAGAUCAAGCUGUGGCAUUCCUCUUAAGAAACCUUGCACUUCAUCAAGGUCCCCAUAUGCUAAUUUGAUGUGCCAAGAAGGGAAGAAACCACAGGAUACAGUUGACCGCAGACCAGACGUUAAAGAUUUCUUCCACUGGACAGAAAGAGACAACCCUUGGACUCAUGAUGAUGAGAUGGAUGGUUGUGAGAUGUCAUAUGUAAAUCUUCAAUUGAAUCCUGAACGUUACGCUAGCUAUGGAGGUCCAUCUGCCAUAAGAAUAUGGGAUGCUAUAUAUUCAGAAAAUUGUCCAAAAUGUGGGUUUCUUGUAAAAUUUGAGUUCUCCAAAAUUAAUGUUGAAGGCGUACUGCAAAAGAAGUGGGGUAAUAACCCUGAACUAAUGUAUGAUUGUGUCUUGAGAUAUCCUGAGCGUGUUAAAAACUUGUAUUUCACUUUCCUUUUUGUUCUUCGAGCCAUGACGAAAUUAGUUUACAACCCAAAACUGCAAGCUGCAUGUCCUCUUCCAUUUGAUGAAAGCAAGCUGUGGCAAGACCAAAAGGGACCCCAGCUGAAGCAGCAGAUUCAGCAGCAAUUCAGAAACAUUAGUUCCCUGAUCGAUUGUGUCCAAUGUGAGAAGGCCAUCUUUGGGGAAGCUUCAAGUUCUUGGUCUGGGCACCGCAUUAAAGAUCCUCUUCUCUGUUGA